AUGGUGGAGCUAUGCGAGCUCCAAAUCAUACCCGAUGAGGAUCAAUGGCCGGAUGAUAUCGAUUCGCGAAUCGCCGCGUUGAAUUUCGGCGGCGAUUCGGUGCUGUUCGAGUCGUUCGAUCCGUCGGUGUCGACCGACUCGCUCGAUUCGCAACAAUUCCGCGAGCGAUGCCAAGUCAAAAAAGACGAUUUUCAAUUGGCGUUCGCCGAUUCCGGCCAUUGGCAGUCGGGCAUCAACGACAAUUUGACGACGUGGGGACGAAUUCGAAGUAGCGAGCCGCUCGACGAGCGAAUCGCCAGCGCGCCCGAUGUUCGCAACAAGACGAACACCACCACCACCACCAUUGGCGGCGCACGGCCCAAUUCGCUCAUCGCCAACUUUGUGAGCAAUUCGGCGGAGGCGGCGACGACGCGAUUCGUCGACGUCAACGACAAUGAGAUUCGCGAGACCGAUGAGGCGACGGCAGCGGUCAUCAAAAUGGAUCGUUGGCGGCGUCCGUCGAUGAAUCGCCAAUCGUCGUUGCCGAAGCGAACGUUUGCCGAUUUGGACAAAACGGCGCCGAAGCUCGAUUUUCUAGCAAUGCACCAUGAGAUGCCCGCGUUGUGCGACUCGUUCACAUCGUCGUUUCGCGACGCGAUCGUCAAAACGCAAAAGGAGGCGUUGCCGUCGAUAACGUCGGUUCACGAUUUUCCGCUCAUUUUUCAGGAAGAUUCACCUGAUUCGGGUUUGGGAUGCUCGGGACCGAGUCACAUUGAGGAUUGGCAAUCGCUGUCCGUUCUUCUACCCAGGCACGUCGUCGAAGCGUGCUCGUUCUUCAAGAGCAACACGCAAUUGUUGUUGUCGGCCAACUCGAAGUGCGGCGCGACGACGCCGUCGAAUUGCAUCGACACACCGCGACGCGUCGGCAUCUCGGCGUCGGCGAACGAGGCGUGCCGAACGUGCUAUCGCGUCCGUCGACGCCUUCAUCCGCCGGUGUGGGCGCAGACGACGCAAAGCAAAACGGUGUUGUGCGAUUGCUCGAUGCCCGCCGAUUCGCACAUCUCAUUCGCGCCGACGACAUCGAGCGCCCGUCAUCAAUUGCGCGCGCGUGAAUUGUCGAUCGUCGGUUUGCCAAUCUAUUCGGCGAAGCGUCGUCUCGUCGAGAAUGUUGUCGAAGGCGUCGCGGCGAUAUCGCGCGGCGAAUCCUACGAUCUGCUAGUGAUCGCGAUGCAAGCGCUUAUCGAAGACGGCCUCAUCGACGGCGUGACGACGUGGCAAAUGAUCAAGACGGUGACGGCGAGGGGUCCCGCGACGAAAGACGUCCACUCGAUCGUCCGACAAUUGGACGAGUGCGCGAAGAGUGAUCACGUCAAAGUCGAGAUAUUCUUCGAGGAGCUGAUCCGCGAGAACUCGCUGGACUGCUGGCUGUGCUAUAUUGUGCUGAAAGAGAAGGCGCUGCGUCGCAUUUACACGGAGAACGCGUUUCUCGUGUCGGCGAGCGCCGAAUACCGAACGCUGCUCUGGCGAAUGGUCGACAGCCUCUCGUUGUUGCCGGUGAUCGAGGCGCGCGGCGAGACGAAAUCGAUGCUGCAGCAGCAUUGGGGCGGCGCAUCGCGAAUCGCUUCCGACUCGCGUGUGCCGAAAAGCUCGUCGGUGCCGGCGCGGCUCUCGUGCGGUCAAAAGAAGCCGUCGCGAAUACCGCUAUCGACGAGCCGAUAUCAUUGUCGGCCGCACGCGACCAAUCGGCGUCAAACGAUUCGAAUCGCGACGGUGUUGAAGGCGUUCGACGUCGCCAACUUCUCGUUGAGCGUCGGCGAACAGGUGCGAGUGCUCUCGACGCGCUCGGGAUUGGUGCGAUGCGCGCGAUUGACGGCGAGCGUCUCGCGAAUCAACAACGGAAUUUGUCCUGUGGAACAUUUAAGCAUUAUCUAG